AAACUCAAGGGAAAAGACGUUUUGUUUGUUUGUUGUUUCGCCUCGUCGAAGGAGUGUUCGCUUGCCGGUAUGUGCGCCGCCGCCGGUAGCUAGUUGCUGCUGCUGCUGGCUGAAGGUGAAGAAAAAAAGGGCAUCCUGUCUGUGAACCGCUCACGUCACUCAGCAACGUUUAAACCGUUUCCUGAUUCGGUCGUGAGCAGUUAUGAAAUUCACAGAACACCUUUCGGCUCACAUCACUCCGGAGUGGAGAAAACAGUACAUCCAGUAUGAGGCGUUUAAAGAGAUGCUAUAUGCUGCUCAAGACCAGGCCCCCUCCAUUGAAGUCACAGAUGAUGACACAGUUAAACGGUACUAUGCCAAGUUUGAGGAGAAGUUCUUCCAGACGUGUGAGAAGGAGCUGGCUAAGAUCAACACCUUUUACUCUGAAAAGCUGGCUGAGGCCCAGCGGCGUUUCGCCACGCUGCAGAAUGAGCUGCAGUCUUCACUGGAUGCCCAGAGAGAGAGCACGGCUCAUGCUCGUGGCCUGAGGAGAAGGAAGACUGUGUUCGCCCUGUCGCAGCAGGAGCGAUGCAAACACCGAAACAUUAAGGAUUUACAACUGGCCUUCUCGGAAUUCUAUCUCAGCCUCAUAUUGUUGCAGAACUAUCAGAACCUGAACUUCACAGGGUUCAGGAAGAUCCUAAAGAAGCAUGAUAAGAUUUUUGAGACAUCAAGGGGGGCAGACUGGAGAGUGGCCCAUGUCGAAGUCGCUCCAUUUUACACAUGCAAGAAAAUCACACAGCUCAUUUCAGAGACUGAGACAUUGGUGACGACAGAGUUAGAAGGCGGCGACAGGCAAAAGGCAAUGAAGAGGCUGAGGGUGCCUCCCCUCGGAGCUGCACAGCCUGCUCCUGCCUGGACCACUUUCAGGGUUGGCCUUUACUGCGGGGUGUUCCUUGUUUUAAUAGUCAGUGUGGUUAUUACAGGAGCUGUGGUGAUUGGUGAUCACAAUGUUUGGCCUAUGGUCAGGAUCUACAGAGGCGGGUUCUUGUUAAUAGAAUUCCUCUUCCUGUUGGGCAUCAACACUUACGGCUGGAGGCAGGCAGGAGUAAACCACGUACUCAUAUUUGAGCUCAACCCCAGGAACAACCUGUCCCACCAACAUUUAUUUGAGAUUGCAGGUCUUCUGGGGGUGCUGUGGUGUGUCAGCCUUCUGUCGUGUCUGUUCAGCUCCAGCAUCCCAGUACCAAUGCAGGUCAAUCCUUUGGCUCUUUACGGCUUCUUCCUCCUUUUCCUCAUCAACCCCAUCAAGACCUGCUACUACAAGUCGCGCUUCUGGCUGCUCAAGCUCCUGUUUCGGGUGAUGACUGCUCCAUUUCACAGAGUGGGCUUUGCAGACUUUUGGCUGGCGGACCAGCUGAACUCUUUGGUGGUUCUUCUGAUGGAUCUGGAGUACAUGAUCUGUUUCUAUAGCUUUGAACUGGACUGGCACAGACAUGAUGGACUCAUCAGCAGUAAUGGUCAAGUGUGUAAUUCCUACUCCUAUGGCGUCCGUGCGGUCAUCCAGUGUCUUCCUGCUUGGUUCCGAUUCAUCCAGUGUCUGCGACGUUACCGUGACACCAAACGGGCUUUUCCUCACCUUGUUAAUGCUGGAAAAUACUCCACGACCUUCUUUGUUGUCACCUUCUCUGCCCUCUACAGUACACAUAAAGCUGAACACCAGUCUGAUGCCCAGAUCUUCUUCUACUUGUAUAUCAGCUGUUUAGUGGUCAGUUCGUGUUACACACUGGUCUGGGAUCUGAAGAUGGACUGGGGUCUGUUUGACAGGAAUGCAGGAGAGAAUACCUUUUUGAGAGAGGAGAUUGUUUACCCACAUAAGGCCUAUUACUACAGUGCCAUAGUGGAGGAUGUGCUGUUACGCUUUUCGUGGACUUUAACGGUCACCCUCAGCACACUCACAAGUUUUCAUGGGAUUUCUGACAUCCUGGCUACAAUACUGGCCCCAAUGGAGGUCUUUAGGCGUUUUGUGUGGAACUUCUUCCGACUGGAGAACGAGCACCUAAAUAACUGUGGUGAGUUCAGGGCUGUCAGAGACAUUAGCGUGGCUCCACUGAACGCCGAUGACCAGACCCUGCUCGAGCAGAUGAUGGACCAGGAGGAUGGCGUCAGGAACCGGCAAGGAAAGAAGAACUGGAAGAGGAGCUACAGCAUGAGUCUACGCAGGCCACGCCUCUCCUCGCAAUCAAAGACUCGUGACACCAAGAUUUUGAUUGAGGACACCGAUGACGACUCCUGACAUCAGGCCACGCCACUCGCUUGGGUCCAGAAUUUAUUUAAAGGAGGGAUGUCAGCCUCCUAAUCAACGAACAACCCAGCGAGUCAGGCGUUGAACUCCCACAGAGGACAGGGUUUUAGCUCUGUUGCCUAUUUAAACUUGUUUCUAGCUCAGAAGCCUCUGCUUGGUUUUGGAAUUUUUUGUGUGUUUGCUCCUCUUGUGCAGACAGCUCAGCAGAUCACUGGGUGACCUGUUAACCUGCACCUUCCUACGAUAAUGAGCAGGGGAACACUUGUAACUGUCAACCUGCGUUAGUGGAGCAGUAGGUAGUAACUCUCUGUCAGUCGCCCAUAGCUACUCAGAGGCUGAUCUUUGAACUACACUUGCUGUGGUCCCAUCGCAACCUUCAACCAUUGCUUGGGUUCUGUGUCCUCAAAGACUCAGCCUUGCAUGAACAAGGCAGCACCACGGAAUGCCAGCUGAUGCUCCGCCCUCUACGCCACAGCUUUCCUCGCAGGGAUCAGCCAACUGGUGCUGAGGACCAAAACCGUUUUGCUCUGCUUCUGUUAGUCUCCACCUGAUGGCCCGUAGAGAAUGGACUUUGGUUUCUUGUCAGCACUUUAAAAGAUCUUGAAUGGAUCUGGAGUUUGGUCUGGAUGGGCCUGAAACCAUUGUCCACCAGUUACAGAAUAAAAACUUUGGCACGGUCUCUGCCGUGUCUUGGGGACCUCUUGGUCUUCCCUUGGACUCGCUGCAGGGCCUUCUGUGUUCAAGCACACCAUCUUUGCUCUUCAGUUUGUCUCGCCAAAUGAUCACAGAGUUGUCUAGAUACUCUCUCACAACAUUUAUUAUUUUUUUUAGAAAACCACACUUAAAUGUGCACUUUGUUCAUAAACUGUGUUCAGACACACAAAGAUUUUAACGUGUCAUUUGUCUCCAUCAGCAGUGAACGUCACCUUUUCUUUUUGAAACUUUAGAAGGAAACGCAGGGAGAUUAUUCAUAACCACGAUUUUAAACGUGAUGGACCCAGUGAGGAGGUCACGUGGCUCUCGGAUUAAAGCAUAAACGUUCCUAAAACAGGAAAUGUGACAUUCAUGCGGAAAGAAAAAAAAACCCAGCAGCUGUUAGAACACUUUGGUCCCACUGCUGAGGACCCGUCUUUAUUUUAGUUACCCAAAAUAUAAUUAUAAUAGUUCUCAGUCAAGCUAGGUGGAAAAAUAUUCUGAAUGUGGAUUAUUUUUCUUUUUUUCUGAAUGCCGAGUUUUGCUGAAUGCUAAUUUAUUUACGUUUGUUGGGGUUGAGAGAGUAAUUUGUGCUGUUUGACCAGCCUAAAAAAAAAAAAAAAAAUCUGAAAUUACUGCCACUGCUCCUUUUUUUAUUUAUUUUUUUUAUUUGUGAAAACACAAGUACCAUGCAGUAAUGUUGUAUGUGUAACAUACGUUGUGAUGAAAAAGGGGGAUGGAUACCUGUCGGUCACACACUCAAUUUAAAUGUGCAGUUUGGUGAUGAUGCGUCUGAGCCAAAUGACACAGUAACCCGUUUUUAAAUCACUGGCAUGUGUGUGUGAAUAUUUUGUUCUUCUACAGUCUUGAUGUUUCUUCUGAUGAGGUUUGGACGAGUUUGGUCCAGUUUCCAACAUUUACUCAUAAAUGUCAUUUUUGUGAGCCUUAAAAACAUCCAACCACAACCUCUUUUCAUACUUGUAAUGAUACUUUUGAUUUUUCUGAUGGAUUGAUAUUGUUUCCAAUAUUUAAAAAAACAUUCCAUCUGUAGAUUUUUAUUUGUUUUGUUUUUUUAAUCUGACUGAACACGCGUUCCUCACCUCAUCAGGAUAUUAUAAAGGUGUUUUUACAACAUUAGUGGGUCCACAAGCACUCUGUUGUAACAGCUCUUUAAAUAGUGGGUAUUUACUCAGAUGAUUAGUGGGUACUGGGGAGGUGAUGGUCUAGUUGUUAAGCAGUGGGCUCGAGACCAGAGGAUCCUCGGUUUAAACCCCCGCCGGACCAGAAAAUCACUAAGAGUUAUGGCAAAGUCCUUAAUACCCCAGUUGCUCCGAGUGUGCAGUUUAGCGGCUUGCAUGGCAGCACCAUGGCAUCAGUGUGCAAGUGAAGGGGUGAAUGUGAGGCGCUUUGAGCUUCUGAUUCAGAUAGAAAAGCGCUAUAAAUAUGUACACCUUCCAUUUACCGUUUGUAAACACGUCAGCGAUAGACUUCUGCUUUUUUUUUUUUUUUACCCGGUUCGUUGUGUGACAGUCUUAUUUAACAGGUCAGGUCUGAUCCUAGACCAGUUCACCAUUCCACAGAACUGACUUGGGUCCAUUAUGGCAACCACCCAGGCAGAAAACCGGCCCAUAUCCUGUUGGAAGUAUCCAUCUAUUUGCUGUAGUCAGGUGAAACGCUGGCGUCCCUUUUACGUUCUCCAGCAGCUGGAGUUCUCAAACACCGAGGCACUUGUGUAUCGGUGUCCUAACAUUUCAUCCUACCAAGGCUUUAGUGCACAUGCGCACAACACAAAAAUGUCAUUUUUUUUAGUGGACAGUAUUAAUUGCUUUCCAGUUUAUUAAAGUUAAUACUUGAUUUUGAAUUUUUGAAUGUACUUAUUGUUUGUGGCUUGUCGUUCGAUUGUCAUUCUCUGUAUUAGCAUACUUGUGUAAGCAUGCUGUUAGCUUUGUGGACCUUGUGCAUUUGGUGUCACCAGUAAAGUUCUGUUUAGAUUAAUUUUUACAUUUUACGUUAUGUUUUACGUCAUUCAAAACAGCAGAUACUGGCUAAAUAACCGAAUUUAUAAUUACUGUAAACCACUUGAAGGAUGCGUCUAUAAAUUCAGAGUAUGGUAGGAUGUUUCGACAAAGUAGGAUGGAUCGUCAGGACACCCGCUCAUGCCCAGUGAUAGCAGACAUUCCAUCACAAUGCAAGUGAUACUUUUCAUCUGAGGCUCCCUAAGUAACCACUUGUUCGACAAAACAUUAUUCCAGAGAUAUCCGAGGAUCCUCCAAGGAGACCUGGUACCAAAGUUGUCUCAUCGUUGCCUUAGGAGACUGGUUCUCCUGGGUAAUUUAACAGUUUGGUAUAAAUUUGGUGGUUCAGUUUUCAUUGUGAACCCUAGAAGCUUUAAACCUGAACCCCAUUUUUAGAUGUUUUUGCUUUUAAUGUUUAUGGUAAUUGGUUCAGUAAUGAUUUAAAACAGGAUCUCAACAGGUAAAAAAAAAUCUCAUUAGAAGUGUCUGCAAAAGUUGAACCCAAAAACAUCUUU